GAAAUUGAAUGUAUGGAGUCCCUACCUACAUGCUACAGCUAAGCCACAAAGGCAUUAAUGCUUUCUUUUCUUUUCUUCUUAAUCUCGUGGACCAACUUAAGACUAUAUCAAAAUCAAAUCAAAAUGUGAAACCACACAUCACUGAAACAGACGUUAAAAUCAAGAAAUUUAACAUUUUUACAUCUUUCAAAACACACCCCACAACAACUCAUAGCAUUACAAAAAGAAAAAACUCUUUUUAAUUUUUCCAACUUUUUUUGAAGAAUCUCAUUCCAACUGUGGUGUUCAUCCUCUAAAGGGAAAAAAUGGGUUUGAUUUCUGGGAUUUUUAUGGGGAUGGUAUUCGGCAUAGCAUUGAUGGCUGGAUGGGCUCGUAUGAUUAGGUAUCGAAGUUCCAAGCGAAUUGCUAAGGCUGUUGACGUCAAACUCCUUGGAUCCCUCAACAGAGAUGAUUUAAAGAAAAUUUGUGGGGAAAACCUUCCUGAAUGGAUAUCUUUUCCUGUAUAUGAGCAGGUGAAAUGGCUAAACAAACUCCUGAGCAAACUUUGGCCAUUUGUAGCAGAAGCUGCAACGAUGGUGAUCAAGGAAACUGUUGAACCUCUAUUGGAAGAGUACAGACCUCCUGGAAUUACUUCAUUGAAGUUCAGCAAGCUGUCACUUGGAAAUGUAGCUCCAAAAGUUGAAGGUAUUCGUGUGCAGAGUCUUACCAAAGGUCAAAUCAUAAUGGACAUAGAUUUCCGCUGGGGUGGCGAUCCGAGUAUUAUUUUGGCUGUUGAAGCUGCACUUGUUGCAUCGAUCCCUAUUCAGUUGAAGGAUCUAAAAGUUUUCACCAUUAUCCGUGUUAUAUUCCAACUUGCUGAAGAGAUCCCUUGCAUUUCCGCUGUUGUCGUUGCUCUACUCGCUGAGCCGAAGCCGAGGAUCGAUUAUACUCUGAAAGCUGUUGGUGGAAGUUUGACUGCUCUUCCUGGAAUUUCAGAUAUGAUUGAUGAUACUGUGAACACAAUUGUUACUGAUAUGCUCCAAUGGCCACAUAGGAUUGUUGUUCCACUUGGCGGUAUACCUGUUGAUACUAGUGAACUGGAGCUUAAACCCCAAGGAAGUCUUAAAGUGACUGUAGUGAAAGCGACCGAUUUAAAGAAUAUGGAAAUGAUUGGAAAAUCAGAUCCUUAUGUAGUUUUGCAUAUUCGACCGUUAUUCAAGGUUAAAACCAAGGUUAUUGAUAACAACUUGAAUCCUGUUUGGGAUCAAACAUUUGAGUUGAUUGCAGAAGACAAGGAGACUCAGUCACUCACUCUUGAGGUUUUUGAUGAAGACAUUGGGCAAGAUAAGAGAUUGGGAAUUGUACAAUUACCCCUUAUUGACCUGGAAGCACAAACUGAAAAGGAGAUUCAAUUGAGGCUGCUAUCGUCACUCGAUACACUCAAGGUGAAAGAUAAGAAGGAUCGAGGAACCUUGACAUUAAAGGUCUUUUAUCACCAAUUUAACAAAGAAGAGCAAUUGAGCGCACUAGAAGCAGAAAAACAGAUAUUAGAACAAAGGAAGAAACUAAAAGCGGAGGGAGUCAUAGGAAGCACAAUGGAUGCACUCGACGGAGCAGUGUCUGUGGUAGGGUCAGGUGUUGGACUUGUUGGUAGCGGUGUUGGCGCUGGAGCCGGGCUCGUUGGAAGUGGUCUCGGAGCCUUUAGUAGCGGACUUACAAAGGCAGGAAGGUUUAUGGGAAGGACUAUAACAGGUCAUAGUGGCUCAAGAAGGAGUGGUUCAUCUACUCCAAUCAAUAAUCCACAAGAAAAUGGUGGUGGUGCAAAGCCUCUUUAAUUCUUAUAUAUGUAUAAAUGCUAAAGUAAUGAAUUGAAUGGACUUUGUAGGUUCAACCUUUGUAAAUUAUGUUUGACUUGUAUGUGUAAUAUUAAUAGAUUGUAAACAUUUCUUAUUUAUUGCAAAUCAAUGUGAUUUGAAACACACUAAAAAGUGUUGCCCAAACUAUUGGAGAUUUCGAGUAUUGACCUUGUGUGUGAAUUUGUUUA